UCACAUAAACAUAUAUUUUAAAACAGUUGAUUUAGUUUUUCAGUUAAACGGUUAAAAGAAUGACUUUAAAAAAUGGAAGUUAUAUUGAAAGGUUUUAUCGUGUACCUGGCCUUGCACCACAAAAAACAAAAGAUCUUCUAGAAUUAUUAAGUGAAAUAGAAGUCUUAACAAAAUUUUCAUCAACAAUCACAAAAAUUGAAACAGAACUUUGUUACUAUGUCGAAAUUAAUGGAGAAAAAUUAUCGAUUGCCGAUGAGAAAAAACUUCAAUGGAUUUUGGGCAUUCCACAUAAUCCAAAAGCAUUACAAAAAGUACCACAUUUAAAAUCAAACGCCGGAGAAAGUAUCUUAAUUGAAAUUGGACCAAGAUUUAAUUUUUCAACACCAAAUUCAAGUAAUUCUGUUUCAAUAUGUAAAUCACUUCAACUACAUCAAAUUACACGCAUUGAAGUAUCGAGAAGAUAUUUAAUUUCGUAUGCAGGGAAAAUUAAAGGUAAAAAUAUCGAAUGCUUGGAAAAAGAAAUUAUCAAAUUGGUCCACGAUCGGAUGACUGAAUGUCAAUACACUGAUGAAAAUAUACCAAAAAAUAGCUUUAAUGAGAAACUAGUAAAGAAAGAUGAUUUAAAAGAUGUGGAUAUUAUGCGCUAUGGGCGUAAAGCUUUGGAACAAAUUAAUAAUGAAAUGGGUUUAGCUUUUGACGAUGCAGAUUUAGAUUAUUAUACACGAUUGUUUAAAGAUACGUUAAAACGUAAUCCAACUAGUGUCGAAUGUUUUGAUUUAGCACAAUCGAAUAGUGAACAUAGUCGACAUUGGUUUUUCAAAGGAAAAAUGGUUGUUGAUGGUGUUGAACAAAAAGACACUUUAAUUGAUAUGAUUAUUAAGACCCAAGAUAAUUCGAAUCAAAACAAUGUCAUUAAAUUUAGUGAUAAUAGCAGUGCCAUAGUAGGAUACGAUCAUAAUGUAUUAAAACCAAAAGUACCUGGCAAACCUUGUGAAUUAACUUUAGAAUCUGCAAAAUCACAUUUGAUUUUUACUGCUGAAACUCAUAAUUUCCCCACUGGUGUUGCUCCAUUUAGUGGAGCAACAACUGGCACUGGUGGUCGUAUCAGAGAUGUACAAGCCGUUGGAAGAGGUGGCCAUUGUAUUGCGGGAACUGCUGGAUACUCUACGGGAAAUUUGCGAAUACCAGAUUAUGAACAACCAUGGGAGGAUGAUGUCGAAUACCCAGAUAAUUUUGCAUCACCCUUAGAAAUUUUAGUCGAAGCAAGUAACGGAGCAUCAGAUUAUGGUAAUAAAUUUGGCGAACCGUUAAUUUGUGGAUUUACUCGAACAUUUGGAUUAGUGGAUAAUGCAGGCGAUAGAAAAGAAUAUAUAAAACCAAUUAUGUUUAGUGGAGGAAUUGGAUUUAUGGAUGCUGAAAUGAUAGAUAAAGAUAAACCAGAGGAAGGAAUGCAAAUUGUCAAAAUUGGUGGCCCAGUUUACCGUAUCGGAGUGGGUGGUGGUGCAGCUAGUUCAGUACAAGUUCAAGGAGAUAACAAAACGGAAUUAGAUUUUAAUGCUGUUCAAAGAGGUGAUGCUGAAAUGGAACAAAAGCUAAAUAGAGUUGUUCGAGCAUGUAUAGAACUCAAAUCUGAAAAUCCAAUUGUUAGUAUACACGAUCAAGGCGCUGGAGGAAAUGGAAAUGUUUUGAAAGAAUUAGUUGAACCUGUUGGGGGAGUUAUUUAUGCCGAUCGUUUUGAAUUAGGAGAUCCUACAAUUAAUGCAUUAGAAUUAUGGGGAGCCGAGUAUCAAGAAAAUAAUGCUCUUUUAUGUAGAAAAGAACAAAAGGAAUUAUUGAAAAACAUUUGUCAAAGAGAACGUUGUCCUGUUAACUUUGUUGGUGAAGUUGAAAAUACUGGAAAAGUUGUUCUUGCUUUAGACGAAUCACGAACAAAAACUCCUUUCAAUCUUGAAUUAUCCCACGUCUUAGGAAAAAUGCCACAAAAAGUAUUCAAUUUACAAAGACAAAAAAGUGUUAGUAAAUUUUUAACUUUAAAUCCAAAUUUAACCGUUGAUGCCGCUUUAAAUAAAGUAUUGCGUUUACCAUCGGUUUGUAGCAAACGUUUCUUAACAAAUAAGGUUGAUAGAUGUGUCACAGGUUUAAUUGCACAACAGCAAUGUGUAGGUCCUUUACACACUCCUUUGGCAGACGUUGCGGUAACUGCAGUCUCAUUUAGCGGUUUUGAAGGUAUUGCUUCUGCCAUCGGUGAACAACCUAUUAAGGGUCUUUUAAAUAACGGAGCUGGAGCCAGAAUGACUGUAGCUGAAUCUCUAACAAAUUUAGUAUUUGCUGCUAUAACAGAUAUCAAAGACGUUAAAUGCAGUGGAAAUUGGAUGUGGGCUGCUAAACUUCCAGGAGAAGGUGCAGCUUUAUAUGAUACUUGUUCAGCAAUGUGUGAAGUUAUGGGUAAAUUGGGCAUAGCAAUCGAUGGAGGUAAAGAUUCUCUCAGUAUGGCAGCAAGAGUUGGAAAUAAAACUAUUAAAGCACCAGGUACAUUAGUUGUAUCAACAUAUGCUCCAUGUCCCGAUAUACGUAAAGUAGUAACUCCUGAUUUAAAAGCUCCUGCUAGAAAUGAAAAAGGUGCGUUAUUAUACAUCGAUUUGUCAGGUGGAAAAACACGAUUAGGUGGUUCAGCAUUAGCACAGUGUCAUAAACAAUUAGGACAUGAAGUACCCGAUUUAGAACAACCUGAAUUACUUGUAAAUGCAUUUAACGCCACCCAAUAUUUGAUUAAAAACGAUAAAAUUUUAUCAGGCCAUGAUAUUAGUGAUGGAGGAUUAAUCACCUGUUUACUUGAAAUGGGAUUUGCUGGAUUGUCUGGAUUAGAUAUCAAAAUUGAUCAUAAAGUAGGAUCUCCAAUUGAAAUUUUAUUUAAUGAAGAAGUAGGAUUCAUUCUAGAAGUUUUAAAUGCAGAUCUCGAGGACUGUUUACAAACAUUUAAAAAACAUAAUGUCCCUUGCUAUAACAUAGGAAAUUCCAACAACUAUGGAAUUAAAUCACCAGUGAAAGUUUUUGUUAACGGAAAACUCGUUCUUUCAAAUGAUUUAUUAACGCUGUUCAAACAAUGGGAGGAAACAAGUUAUCAACUUGAAUUGCGACAAGCAGCACAUGAAUCUGCAAGAGCUGAAUUUAAAUCGUUGGAAACUAGAACAGGACCUAAGUACAAGUUAACUUUUAAUCCAGAUGCACCUGUCAGUUCACCCAUUGGAAAUUCGCCAAUUCGUGUUGCUAUUUUACGUGAGGAAGGUACAAAUGGUGAUAGAGAAAUGGCUUACAUUUUCUUAAAGGUUGGUUUUGAAGUUUGGGAUGUGACAAUGCAAGAUAUUAUUGCUGGAGAUAUUAAAUUGGAUCAAUUCAAAGGCGUUGUCUUCCCUGGAGGCUUCAGUUAUGCAGAUGUUUUGGGAUCCGCUAAAGGUUGGGCAGCAAGUAUAUUAUUUAAUGAUAAAGUUAACGCUGAAUUUAAGAAAUUCCUUAACCGAGAAGAUACAUUCAGUUUGGGAGUAUGUAAUGGUUGUCAAUUGAUGAGUUUAAUUGGUUGGGUCGGUGAAUUAGAUAACAACUUAAUUCCAGAUAUAACAUUAGACCACAACACAUCUGGUCGUUUUGAAUGCAGAUGGUCUACCGUCAAAAUAGAGAAAUCUAAAGCAAUAAUGCUGCAAGAUAUGCAAGAUUCCAUUUACGGUGUAUGGGCUGUACAUGGUGAAGGACGAUUUACAUUCCGUAAUACUGAUAUAUUAGAUAAUUUAGAAAAAUCCAACUGUGUUGCCUUAAGGUAUGUCGAUGACACGGGAAAUCCUACAGAAAUGUAUCCAAUGAAUCAAAAUGGUAGUCCAAAAGGUUUAGCUGGAAUUUGUUCAGAAAAUGGUAGACAUUUGGCAAUGAUGCCGCAUCCAGAACGUUGUGCUUUGAAAUUUCAGUGCCCAUACAUUCCAUAUGAAUUCCAAAAAUAUGAAAAAUCGCCAUGGGAAAAAAUGUUCCAAAAUGCUUAUGAUUGGUGUACUAAGCAUUAAUUUAAUCUAUUUUUUUUAAAUAUUAUAUAAAUUUUUUAA